GCAGCAGGGUGGACAAACAUCUUCUCAGGGCUCUCCUCCACAACCGACUGUUUCCUAGACUAAAGAUAGGAAGAACCAGGAGUGAAUUCAGUCAGAGUCCAGGAGGAAGGUGGGGUAGACAUGAGUCUAGGAUUCAUAGAAGGGAAGGACGAGAGCUAUGGCUGCCAGUGAACCUUCCUCACAAUCUGAGGAACAGUGCCCCCAGCUGAGCACUACAAUGGCCUCACCGAAGAUGGAUGAUGACACCCCAGGACUAUCAGGUGAACUUACCAGGUUGAGAAGAGACAUGAAGAGGUGGUUCUCUCGGCUCCAGCUCCCAGCCUGUUACUAUAACAAGUGUGCUUCCUUCACAGAGGAUCCCGUGGUGAAAAAAUUCCUGACCUGGGACAAGAUGUUGAGGGUGUCAGACAAGUACCUCCUGUCUAUGGUCAUAGCUUAUUUCAGCCGCGCUGGGCUCUUCUCCUGGCAGUACAGGCCAAUCCACUUCUUCCUGGCUCUGUACUUGGCCAAUGACAUGGAGGAGGACAACCAGGCCCCUAAGCAAGACAUUUUUUACUUCCUCUAUGGGAAGAGCUAUGCCCAGCGCCCCUUGUUCCACAAACUGCGCUUUCAGUUCAUUCGGUCCAUGGGCUGGAGGAUCUGGGUGUCCCGGGAGGAGUGUGAAGAGAUCCAGGCUUACAAUCCAGAUCUCUGGGUAUGGGCACGAGAUCGCACCAACCUGACCUAGAAUCCUAAAACUAUGGAGGCCUGAGGUCAUCGGCCUAAGGAAGAUCACUGUGCCCGAGGGAGAUGCUCUAUGGCAAUACUAAGGCCUGACUGCUGGGGGAAAGAGAGAGGACUGACUACCUUCUGUGGGAAACCUAGAAGAACCCAGACUCUUCCAGAAGGAGUGGGAUGGAAUCACCACAUUGUGCUCCUGGGAGCUGGGAUGCUUGUAGGAGUCUCUGGAGGGGCCAUAAGAAUCCAGGAUUCCUCCAGGCUCCAUUCUUUCCAGAGGCACCGCACCAUCUAAAUGUUAUCCCAAAUGUCAUCAGUCCCACCUCCCCAACCACAGCAGCUGAAGGCCCGUGGUUUCCUGUAAUGGGUCUCCACUGCUCAGGCCAUUUGAAGGCGUUGCCUCAGGGCUCAGAUGUAGAGGGAACUACCUUCAAAAUAGAGUAUUUGAUUUAUAUAAUUGUAAUAACUUUAACAUAUCAUAAAUUUUAUUGAAAUAUUGGCAUACAUAACAAGUUGUUAUAUUAUUAAUAAGCUUUAUUAUGUUGACUAUAGAAUAAUUAGAAGAUUAAAUAUUUUAUGAUAGUUCCUGUUUUGAGAACGUGCUGUUCUUAUAUUUUAUAAUGCCUCUUAUAACAUUUAUAUAUAUAUAUAUAUAUAUAUAACUAUUUUGCUCACUAGAGGAUUUUUAUCUUUUUAUCUAUUAUAUUUUUGUAUCUAUUUGUCUUAUAUCUAGGUAACAGAACCUUAGAUCCAUAUGAUUAUGUCUUUAUUUAUUUGAUAUUUCAUCUCCAUUGUUGAAUGUGACCAUUGAGCUGCGGUACUUUAAGCCACUUGAAUAUGUUUGUGUAUUACUUUCAAGAGGGUUUGUGUUUAAAAGAGAAUCGUGUUAAGAGCUCCUUCCGCUGGAGACAGACAAUAAAGAUGAAAUAUGUUUCAUAUUCUC